CUAGCGGAUGUACCUACUUUCGUUUUUCAAUCGAGCACUUUCGGUUUCGAUGACAAAACGAAUUCAGUGUCAGCUCGGAUAGCCAACAACAAGCUUGCAUAAUCAAUACAUGACUGUAUUAUCAUGAUAUAAUUGGAUUUAUUUAUUAUCAAAGACUGCUCGAUUCCGACCAAACUGCUAAACAACUGACCACUCAGUCUAGAAUAUAGUUCUAACCUGGACUAGGGCCGGUUGCCUAUAAAGACGCCUAGUUACCUCCAUGACGUCACGAGGAAGCAGCAUGAUGUCAGUGACGUCCGCCGGAAAUGACUAUCAGCAGACGAUGAUCGAAUGUCUGGUGAAAAUUAACCAAGAGCAGGCUUCCCAGCGCGAGACUUUGAAACAGUUGACUCUGGAGCUUCGCCAAUUUCAAGAAACUGCUCUACAUCGCCUCGAGUCUCUUCAGGGCGCCUUGAAUUCCCUUUCUUCGGGUUCCCGUGAGCCUAUAGGCGCUCGCAGCAAAGACUAUCUGUCACAGACGCUACUCCCGGUGACGUCUAAACCGCGCAAGCCGAAGGCCGGCCGCCAGUCGCCUCCCAUCCUGAACGCAGACCCACCGCGUAAUGUCUCCAAACCUAAACCGAAAGGAAUAAGGAACAAACAGCUGUGUGACGUUUUUGUCGAGGCGUUGCCGGAAAUGCGUCUAUUCAAAAAACAGCUCCCACAGGAGAAAGAUUUCGUCAAUCUUAUGAAGGCGCUUACCAUGGACGUGAAUAAGUCCACGAUAGCAGCGGUGUCCUCCGCCGCCAGGAUGGAAGGUCGGGUUUCUGCGAGUCCACCCGCCCUGGAUACGGUCCUCGUGCUGGACGUCUCUGCCAGCAUGGUCGGCCAGCCGUUAGCCGCCCUCAAACUCUUCGUCGCCGCCUUCAUUGACGGUCUUGAGCGGACGGAGCGCGACCUGAGACUACAGGAGCGGCUGGCGGUCAUCAUAUGUGGCGGCACCACCGGAAUCAUGCAGCAGUUCACCGCCGGAAGUCAGGCACAACUCGGGCAACUCAUGGAACAACUUCAGGCCGAGGGAAAAACCCCUCUGAUGACAGCAUUGACACUGGCGCUGAGCUACGUUGAGCUAAAUGGCCGGAGCGUCCGACUGGGCGCGGAGGUUGUCCUUCAUCCUCGCGUCGUCGUCAUCUCCGACUUCAACGCCACCGACGACCGGGCGCCAUUCGAAGACCACGACUUUGCCGAUAGCAACGCACGCAUUAAGAUACAGAAACAGUUGAUACAGCUGUCCCAGGUCUACAAGCGCCAGGGCCUUGGACUGUACUGUGUGCCCGUCGGUCCGGACGGGAACGUAUCUGUCGCCCAGGAGAUGGCCACAAGCUCGGCGGGCGGGGAACUUAUUUCAGAAAGGGAUGCAUACACCGCCGGCAACUUCUUGAGAUACAAUGCGGUUAUAUCUCUGACGUUUGAGGAGUACGCGGCCUCUGUGAGCAGCGACCAAGAGCGCUCGUACGAGGAGAUCCUGGAGGACGUGAUGCCGCUUGCCGGCUGUAAGGACAGGGACAAGGUGGCAGUGAACCACGCGUUGGAGGCGUGCCUCGGAACCGGGGGAGAUAUGGUGGUCAUUGACGAGGAACUGGAGGCGCCUCCUGCUCCACCGCCACGAUUGUGUCCCCCGGGGGAGGAGGACAUGCCGCCCUGGAAGCCCACCCGCAGCCUCGAGCAGUUCGGCUUUGAGGAGGAUGCUUCACUUCCGCCACUUGGCACACGCGUCAGCCGGGGCCAAGACUGGAACUUCGACAAUACGGAUGGCGGGCAGCCGGGAACGAUAAUCGCACACGUCAGAGAAAAAGUUGCGCUUGUGAUGUUCGACAACGAAUACAUUGGGAUGUACCGUAUGGGGCUCGAGGAUAAAUGGGACGUGGUGACAGGCGCUGCACCCCGGUCCGUACCCCAGGGACAUUUAGAGGUCGGCUGCCCCGUCAAGAGAGGUCCUGAUUGGAAGCGGAAGAACGAGGACGGAGGGGCAGGCAAGGUGGGCGUGGUCAUCAGAAAACAGCGCGCCAGAUAUGUCAUGGUGCGCUGGCCAGCCAGGGUUAUAGAUUCCUACCGGUUCGGGACCGAGGGCAAGUUUGAUGUUGUUGUAACGGACGAGCCGCCCCAGUUUGAAGUGGACGACCAGGCGGUGGACCAGGCGGCGGCGCAACAGGAUGACGUCCCCAAGCAGCCCUGGUGGAAGUGGCGUGACCGGCAGUCGAUGUGGCGGCCUCUGACCCGGGAGGCGGUUGAGGAGCUGGAGGCGAAACUGCAAACUAGCCAAGAGAAGGCGCUCAUCCAGUACAAAGGAAAGAGCAUGAAGAUAUUCCUGAAGGAGAAUAAAUGUGAAAUUGAUAACGAGAAGUACGAUAUUGAGAGAGAAAUGAUUACUGAGGAGGAAGUCAUGUCUCUAAUGGAAAUGGACAAGUUCCUUCCGCCCAUCUAAAAACGGGCUGGGGACAUCCAACCAUACACUUGGGUCCGAUAACAUAUCGAUGCGACGUCUGACCUCUGUGAAUGUCUUUACACAUAUGGGCCGAAAUAUCAACUUACUGAAUAGUUGCGUGUUCAAUGUGUGGACUAUGACAUCAGUCUAUGUAACUAUGUGUACAUUCGUAUGACCGUGAAAUUAGUCUAUGUAACUAUGUGUACAAUCUCAUGACCGUGAUAUAAGCCUUUGUAACUAUUUAUACAAUUUAAUUUAUAUCAGCCUAUGUCACUAUUUUGACAAUGUAAUGACCGUGAUUUCAGCCUUUGUAAAAAUGUGUAUAAAAUGGGUGGAUCUCUUUGUUUAUCAGCAUAAUUCAUGUACCAUGAUGUCUGACUUCUUGUGUUGCCUGUACAAAGAACAUACAAAAAUCAAGCGUCCGUAAUCAGUUUCAGAAUAAGUGUAUUAUAUGUGCAGAUACCUAAUAUUUUAUUGUCUGUUGUUUUUUUUUGAUAUAUGUACUUUUAAAAAUAUUUGUAGUAAAAGUAAAAAAGU